AGUGCGAGUGUACGUUGCUUAUUUUUCUCCAUAAAAGUGGUAAAAAUGUCGCUUCGUUCUGAUCGUAUGGUAGAGCUUAGCUCUUAUAGAGACCAGCACUUUAAGGGUACACUGACAGAUCAAGAAAUGCUGCUUAGCAAAAGUACAACACUAUACGUUGGUAACUUAUCAUUCUACACCACAGAAGAGCAAAUACAUGAGCUGUUUUCAAAAUGUGGCGAUAUUAAACGUAUUGUGAUGGGGCUAGACAAGAUACAUAAGACACCUUGUGGCUUUUGUUUUGUUGAGUAUCCUUUAAAUUUAGUAAAGUUAAUACUGAUUGGUUCAAGCAACUUUGAUUGAUAUAUUUAAAAAAUAAAUUCAUCACAAUAUACAUCUGCCAUUUCUAUGUUAAAUGGCAUGGCCUAAGGGUACAUAGAAAAAUUUGUUAGAUUAUCACUCCCGCCCAUUUUUUUUUUUU